UGUGGCAUACCGUUGUGGUUUUGACUGUCCCUGUUUGUGAUUUAAACGGACCUAAUUUGGUUAAAAAUGAGUGAUAAUCAAGCGGGGAUAGUUUUCCUUCUGUUGUUGUCUUCGUUGCGCAGUGCCUGACGAGCCGUGAAGUGAAUGAAGUAGCACAUCAGUAUAAUAAUACCAAGGGGCAGCCAAUUUAAUGGAGCAAUUCCCCCUCCAGAAUCCGUCCGAGAGAAGAAGUUGUUGGAUAUAAAGUACAUUCACACCCGGCAGUACUAGAUCACGAACCACGUCGACAUCUUGCCAACCCCGUGGACCAUGAAUCAGGAGAUACGUCUUCGGUUGAAGCACGUGCUGGUGCUUGUAUCGAUUGUGGGAUUUUUGUUCUUUUACUCGCUCGGUUCGGGCCAGAGCUGUGAUGGUGGGGAAUCACCGGUGGAAGCUGGGAGCGGACGGUGGGCUGCGGAUGGUGACCGUGAUGCUUUCCUGCCGAAUCGAAAAGGGCCAACCAUCUUUGCCGUCACCCCGACCUAUGCCAGGCCAGUGCAGAAGGCCGAAUUAACGCGUCUGUCACAUGUGAUUCGCCUGGUGCCAAACAUAUUCUGGGUUGUAGUAGAGGAUGCCCCGAAGACGUCACCGCUAGUAACGAACCUAUUAAAACGCAGCGGCCUACAGUCCCGCAGCGUGCAACUGUUUGCCAAAACUCCGACUAAUUUUAAGCUUCAGGGCAAAGAUCCGAACUGGUUGAAACCGCGCGGAGUUGAGCAGCGCAACACGGCGCUCAAGUGGAUCCGGGACCAUCUAAAUCGGGAGCAACGUGCAAACGGCGGGGGAAAUACUGCAAGCAAUUCCAUCGUGUACUUCAUGGACGACGACAAUACGUACAGCACGGAGCUGUUCGAUGAAAUAUCGAAAAUUGAACCGGGCAAGGUUGGUGUUUGGCCAGUCGGGCUAGUGGGCGGUUUGAUGGUAGAAAAACCGGUGCUAAACCGGGACGGUCUGGUGCUCGGGUUCAACAGUGCCUGGAAACCGGAGCGGCCGUUCCCCCUCGAUAUGGCGGGUUUUGCGAUCAGCUCGGAUCUGCUGCUCGAGAAUCCUCAGGCGCAGUUUAGUUACGAAGUCGAACGAGGCUACCAGGAGAGCGAGAUUCUACGCCAUCUAACGAUCGCACAUGAUAUGCAACCGCUGGCCAACCAGUGCAAGGAUGUGCUGGUUUGGCACACCCGCACCGAAGCGCCGAAACUCGAUGCGGAAAAGUUGCUGCAAAAAGGUGGGAAGAAAUCGAACGACGGUAUGGAGGUGUAAGCACCGUCGCGGGCAGGAAUACGGAAGAGGCAGCUACACCUUGAGAGCUGCCCCGGUGAUGGUAGUGCUUAAGUUAGACUAAGAAAACACUCGCUGUACAGGAACAACUCAGUGGACCACGAGCACGGCGCAUGUUGGUGGAUGCAUUUUAGCGUUUAGGAAACCUGUUGAAUCAUCUUCGAUCUUAUUUAAUCUUCAUCAAACGAUCCUACAUUUACAUUCGAUCGCAAAUCAUCGGGCGGACGUCUUUUAAAACCCAAAUUACCUGUUCCUAUUACAUCAUUCGCUAUCGGUGAUAUUGAUUGCGACUAAGGUUUAGCGUACGAGAUGCAUUUUAAAUAAUUAAAAAUACAAAACAAAACGAAAAACGUUACAGUGUAUGGGUUUAUGUGAUGACACAAUUAAAUUG